UUCCCACACCGAAAAAGCCUCAGUGAUGUUUAUUGGAACCGUUCGCCCGCUAAUCUUCUCCAUAGCACAACAAGCCUCCUGGCUCCACCCGCUUCACAGCUUCCUAAUCAGGAAGGAGAGAACUGCACCAACAUCAAUCGCCUCUGAUUCGUCGUGGCAGCAGUCCGCGAUGAACGAGGGCCCCGGUAUGGAUCAAAAAGGCAAAACAACCUCAGAAAACAAGCUAUUUCUUGUGGCAAACAACCCUGGACCCAUGUGCGGUUCCCCGGGACAACGUCAACAUUUCAAUCCUAGUCCCCUAUACCCUUGUACGAGGACUCGGGAUGGUAUCUAUGGCGAAACUAGGAGCAACUUGCUGCGUUAAUAUAUAAUGACGACGACCUCCCGGCCUGCGUCUCUCCACCGCAGGUUGUCUUCUCCCAAUCCCUCGUGAGCAGCCAUGGUCUUUUCUCGUAUUUUUAUAGCUUCGCUGGUUUCAGUUGCGGCAGCCUCACCUCUGCAACAACCACAUACUUACAAGAGGCAAAAUGCGAGUGCUUGCGCUCAAGUGAGUUCGGCUGUUGCUGCCCAACAGGCUGCUCCGACGCCAACUGUGCCUGCGGGAUUGGCCUACGAUUGUAUCACCAGCACACCCUUCAAGAAGGAUGCCGCCUUGAAGCUGCUGGAGUCUAUUGCCCCGUAUUUCAAAUGGCAAUCCAACACUGUUUGGCUCAAGGAUCCGCCCGCCGAGUACGCCGAGAAGGUCCAGGGUCCGGUUGAUAUAUGGGGUAAAUUAGAAGAAAUAAAAUCGAAUGUGGAAAGCGGAAAGUACACCAAUGAGUUCGCGUUCGGUUACGACCUUUACCUACUCUCGCAGAGCACUCAUGACGGCCAUUUUGUCUAUGUGCCUGAUUCCGUGGGUGGUAUAUUCAACUGGGCUCGGACGAUUCCUCUUGUAUCAGUGUCUUCGGAUGGCAAGGAACUUCCCAAACCUUACGUAUACUCUGACAUCCUCGCCGAGUCUUUUGGAAACUCUACUUUCAAACCUUCGGCGAUCACCGAGAUCAACGGAGAAACAGCCACCGACUACUUGGAGAAGUGGGCACAACUAGGUUCGCUGCAAGAUCGGGAUGCUUUGUACAACAAUGUCUUCUACGAACUCGCCACUGUAUCUCUCGGUCCAGUUGGAUCAGGUGUUGGAACCUUUGCAGGGAGCGGCCGCGGACGAUGGCCAUACCCGGGAGCCACCACUGUUCUCACGUUCGAGAAUGGAACAACAGCUGAAUUCGAGAACUACGCAAAGGCUCUGGUUUCUUUCACCGGCGUGACGGAUGGCGAGAGCUUGUAUGAUAAUUAUCUUACAUACACUGCCACGUCAACCAUCUCUGGGGCCCCUGAAAACUCCACAUCGCCAACGCCAUCACCCACGCCUAGCCCAACUGCUACUUCUAUUCCUGCUCCCGGAUACCCUCCUCCUGUAUUCCGCGAGGCCAACAAUUUGAUUGGGGGUUAUUACCUUGAAGACGAUUAUUCGGACAUUGCGCUCUCAGUUCCCAGCUUUGUCUCGCUCGAAUCAGCCGAGAUACCAUUCCAACAGACCGGCGAGAAAUUCCUUGCAGCAGCCAAAGCUGCCGGCAAAAAGAAACUCGUCAUUGACUUGUCCGCGAACGGCGGUGGAACAAUUCUCCAAGGAUAUGAUCUCUACAAGCAAUUGUUCCCUGACGAGAUUGAUCACGCUGCAGCCGAUCGCUUCCGUGCCUUUGAGAGCACUGAUCUUUUGGGCCAAUACUACUCAAGAGCAUCCGAAGGUGUUCCACGCGUAUAUAUCACAGAGGACCAGAAUGGCACUCUAUACGAGUUGCAGGCCAAUGUCGUGAGCUCGGUCUUCAACUACCAAACUGACGUCGACGUCAAUGUCGAAAACUUUGACUCCUGGCCCGACAAGUUCGGUCCGGGUGUUGAACAGAAAGGCGACAAAUUUUCAAAUCUGUUCCGGUGGAAUCUUUCAGACGUACUUACGCCCUUCAACUCCGGGGGUAUCUACAUCCAUGGAUACGGAAAUCUAACAAACACCACCCAACCUUUUGCAGCCGAAGACAUUGUCGUUAUUACUGACGGUUACUGCGCAUCAACUUGCACCAUCUUUUCCGAGCUGAUGCGACAGCGCGCUGGUGUCAAGUACAUUUCCCUAGGCGGUCGCGCCAAGGAAGGCAUUACCCAAGCAAUUGGUGGUGUCAAGGGCACUAACAACUUCCCUUGGAGCUACAUUCAAUUCCUCUCUCAAUACGCAAUUGAAGAACUGACUGAGAGUCCCGAGGAAGCCGCUAAGCUCAAUGCAACAGAGCUAGGAUCCUACUGGGACAACACGCCGUUUGGUCGCGCAGCCGCGGGAACCAGCCUCAACGUCAACUUCCGAGAUGGCAUCCGCGACGGCGAUGAAACGGAAACGCCGCUCCAGGUUGUGUACGAGCCUGCGGAUUGCCGCAUCUUGUACACCAAGGAGAUGACGGUCGACGCAACUGCUAUUUGGAAGGCGGCGGUGGACUCGGCAUGGGGUGGUGAGAGCCGCUGUGUCGCGGGUAGCAUUGAAUCGUCAAGUAGCAGGAGGAGCGUGAAGAGGGAAUUGACUGUUCAAGAUAAGUUGUACAGCAGGAGUGUGCGGCAGUGGAGGAGAGAUUUGUCUUCUGAUCAGUAUCCGUUGGACGUGUUCACGGACUUGAAGGGGUUGGAUCUCAACAAACGCGGUGUCAUGUGGCCUUGAAGUAACAGUGCACUUGUAAGGUAGUUCGCAGAAUAUGAAAUGUGUUUUACAACGAAAGAAGUCUUUGUCCUGAUUUAUAUGUAGCGUGGAGCACAUGUGCUACACUUCAAGUAUAUCAAAUUGUGGGAACCGGUGUUGGCAGUACACGGGAGACCAUUCGAUUAAGACCCCCGCACCUCUUGAAGCAAACCAGAGGGAAGUAUGAUGCCAAGGAGAUGCUCAACCGUGGAUUCGAAGUGGUCUUUUAUUCCAGGCCGGACAAGGGUCCCGACCUCAACCUGCUUAUUCGAGCUAAUUUUUUAUCAAAGUAUCGAUCAACCCCAAGUCUACCUCACACUAAUGGCGCGGCAUUCGUAGAUCCGUGGCCCGAAACUGCCCCUUCAAGUAAACUC